CAGUCACAGAUCUAAAAUAUUUCAUUUCAAGAUAUCAAUUUGCUUCGCAAAAAUAAAAUUAAAAGAAGCAACAUAGAAGUUAAUAAGAAAAUAUCAUUCAGGAAGAUUUAUUUUUAAGUGAAAAGUGAAAGAGAAGAAAAAAAAACAAAAAAGCAACAAAAAUAUAGAAAUGGAGGAAGAAGGUGGUUACUAUGUUAAUGAGGUUGACGGGCUGCCAAAUGAGCACCCUGCUCUUCCUGACUAUGAGAAUGACGAGCCAAACAACUCGGAAACGAAUCAUGAUAGCUUUGACGAUUUACCAACGUCAAUCAUCGUCACAAACAUACAUUCUCAAGUGUUUGUAAAUGAUGAAUUGAAAGCUGAGAUGGAGAGUUUAUUCCGCGCAUUUUCCGAUGAUGUUACAUUUCAGUGGUUAAAAAGCUUCAGACGAUUGCGUGUUAAUUAUAAGGAUGCGAUUUCAGCCGCAAAUGCCCGAAUACAACUUCAUCAGUAUAAAAUCAAUGAAUCGAUAAUCAACUGUUACUUCGCGCAACCGGUGACUCCUGUCUCGAAUAGAAAUCUCCAACCACCAGCGCCAACGAAACAGUUCCUUAUUUCACCACCAUGUAGUCCGCCAGCAGGUUGGCAACAAGCCGAAGAAUGUGAACCGAUCGUUAAUCAAGAUUUGUUAGCUGCACUUGCAAAUUUGACUCCUGGAGAGGUUCAUGAGCUUCAUGCGGCCGCCGAGUCACAGCCAUCAAUUGUCGUCCAUACAGCUAUCGUUCAAGAAGAGAAUGACGACUCCCAACAAAAGCUUAAAGUUAUCCCCACGAAAUGCCCCGAACGAACAUAAACAAACAUAUUUUAUGCAUAACAAUUAUGUGAUCCAAUGAAGUGAGUUUGUUGAACGCUUUCCCUGAAUGCAGUCAACGUCAUUUCAAGUCAAGUUGAAUGUUCGCUGUCACAUCUUUUCUUAAGCUUUAUUUAUUUUAUUUUACGUCAACAGCAACCCAGAAGAAGAUGUUUCAUUUCAAGUGUUGACAGAAUAGUGUAAAAAAUUGAAAUAAUGGGCGUCAUUCAUAAGUUAUGGAAAGCGAAGUAUAUUUUUUAAGUUGUGAAAUUUUUUGAAACAGAAAAAUGAAAAAAGUAAUCAAAAGAAAUUAUUAAUCAAACUCCGCGCAAUUGUUUGUACUUAUAUGUAAGUGCAUGUAAGUCACACUUAACUUCUGAAUGGCUCCCUUUCAUGAACAUAAUUUUAAGAAGAAAAUAGAAUUUCGAUGGCUUCAUUACUUAAGUUUUCACAUCGAUAGAGCUGAAAAUUUCUAGCUGAAUAAAGAAGAAGUUUAUCCUCUCGAAUUGCAUUAUUUAAAUAUAGCAAAAGAAGUAAAAAAAUGAAAUCUUAAUUGUAAUCUAAAUAGAAACGUUUCAAUGGGAUUUGAUGAUAAGAAGAAAGAAAAAAAAAGUUUAAUAAAUCGAAUCAGUGUUUCACUCUCUUCCCUUCCAAAGAAAUAUCUGUCACUUAAAAAGUGAGAAAUUUGAAUGAAAUUGUAAACCAAUUGAUAUCCCUAAAAAGAAAAUAAGAAAACAUGGUUGAUUCUACAUGUAAAUCUGAUUAGGAAAAAACUUUAUUUUAUUUUUGUUAAGAUGGAAAAAAAGAAAAAAUGAAUGAGAAAAAAAAUGAAAUAAAUUAUUUUUGUGAAUUUUAUGCGGAACAUAAAUGAA